GGCUCGAAUGAUAACAUCCGCUUUUACUACAGGCAAUCUGCGCAUCUUCGAGAAGAGGCGCUAUCUCGUGUUUUCAGUAGCAAAGACUCCUUGUCCACCCCCAACGUCUGUCCCCUUCAAAGGUCUUCUUAGAGGAAUGAAGCCGACUCCAAGGCGGAAGAGUGUUUGGCAAGAAAGGAUGCCAAGGAGAAAAAGAUCUUUGCUAAAAUCCAGUCGUGUGCAAGAGGAGGUGGAAGAAAAGUCUGGGGACAGGAGAUCUGGCUUGAGGCAAGCAAAAGAAGCGAAGAGGAAAGACAACGGUGUUACAAAUGGAAUCUGGUAUGUAACUUGUGAAAACAAAGAAGGAGUUAUGGAUAUAGAAAAGCUGAAAAGAGGGGAGAGUUGCAUCAAGUGUGACGGUCUGUGGUUUACCCCUCCUGCCUUUGAGGAGUUUGCAGGAAGAGGUGCAUGUAAAAAAUGGAAAGCCAGCAUAUUCCACGAAAGAAGACCUCUGAUACACUGGUUUGAUAAAGGUAUCUUGUCCACUACUGGAUAUCUAAGAAGAGGAGCCGAGCCUGUGAGGCAGAAGAUUAAAUCAACAAAAAGCGGCGGCAAGUUCCAGGGAAUUUUACGCAAUAAAUAUCUGAGAUCGUCCACCGCAGUGACCCGAAGAAGUAUGUCCUCAGGAGGAUGUAGCGCCACAGAAAAGGCAGAAAUAACGUCUAGAGAAGAUUCUGGUGCUAAAGGUGACAGCCAUCAAUCUGAUGAGGAUGAAAAACUAAAUGAUGACCCAAACCAAAUGGAGACAGAAGAUGGAGCUCUGCUUGCUGCUGCAGAUUACUCUAAAGACCACAACGGAACAAAAGAAAGACACAAAGACGUGGACCUUGUUAAAACCAAGAAACCUGAGUUGCAGAUUGAGACCAAGGUGAUCAUCAAAAGACUUUCAGUGACGAAGACGGAAAGUGGGGCGACCGUGCUUCCCGUGGAAGAUAGUUGGUGUGAGCCUCUGGAAGCAAACGUACCCAGCGAGGAGCCUGAAGACGACACGGCUGUCCCUGAAGCCGAUGGAGAAGGAACCGUGAAGGAGUUGAACAGCAGCAGCGGCGUCAGUACCACUCCUGCAGAGAUUGACACCAGUGACAAUGGAGACAAGACUGGCCUUUCUGCUGCACCCUUAAAUGUGUUGCUUGAAUGUGUCUACAACAACAACACGGAUGAAGGCAAAACGGAGCAUGACAAAGCAGAAGUGGAAACGUCAGGGAAAUGCGUCCAAGUGGCAGAUUACCCUCGGGCCUCAGAAAGGGUGCAGGACGGCGCCUCGGGGGGCCCGGAAGGCGCUGAUGUGGAUGCACUGGAUCUGGAUCAACUGAAGAGGGAAAAACUAAAACUGCAGCUGAGGGUUUUAAGAUUACAAGAGCAAUAUUACACGUUGAUGCUAAAUGACUUUAAAAAAUGAUGUGAAGAGCUUUAUUGACAACAGAAUGUCCAGCUUUAACGGCGAUCGGGAUCGGCUGAAAUAGACCCCGGCAAUCAACGUUGUGAAUAGUUUUUAACAUUUCUUUACAUUUUGUAGGUGAUUUGAGGAUUUGGUUAUACCACACUAACAAAAAAAGUUGGUGAACUCUGAUUUUAAAGCUUAAAAUGCAUAUUUUGAUAAUUUUUAUAACUAUUCCUUUUAAGAGGUGUUUAAGAUUGUAAAUCACCACUAAUAUCCAUGUCAUAAAUCAAGAAAAAUGUAGUCACAGUUUAAAGUUGCCAAAGAGUGUUCAUGCUUUGUCUGGAAGGACCAAGUUAGAAAGAGAUGUUCUCCUGAGAGAAAAGUAGCAAUGACAAAGACUCUAGCUUGGGGCUGGACGAUAUAGAAAAAAAAGCAUAUCGAUAAAAUAGAAAUCAUGUUGAUCGAUAUCAAUAAUUAUCUAUAAAUUCAAAACAUAUAUUUUAAGUGCAGCCCUAUAUAUUGUUAUUGAAUUAUCGUCCAGCACUACUCUAGCUCGUAACUGGGUUCAUAAAGUGCAGAUUUGUAUGUGGAUUCAUACAGUGAGGUGGAGGAAGUGAGAAGGGCGCAUCGCUGUUGUUUCUCAAACCGGCACCCCACAGUAGAAUUUAAAAGCACUCUGUGACGCGCCCAGCCGGCCUGUAAUUCACCUUGGUGGUGAAUAACUUGAUUAUAAGAACAGUAACCCGGAACACUAGAUUUCUGUUUUGGGUUCUGACCAGCAUUGUUACUCCGAUGGCCAGAAACGUUGGCCUCUCAUUUCUCCAAACUGUUACCAUGUAACUUUGAUUCAACUGUGGCUGCUAUGAUUUCACAUUUCUGAUAAUAGGCAGCAUAUGUUUUACUAAUGAGGGGUUAGCUGUUUUAUACGGAGACCCUCUGGUGACAUGGACAGAUUUUGUUUUUGAAGAUGUUAAGUCGUGGCCAUGAGAUGGAUAAGUUAUGGCCACGGGUUAUAUUACACGAGAUGCAUAAAUCUAAGCCUUCGGUUUAGCCUGCGGGAUGAUGUUCAGCAGACACGAGUGGGUCCAGGGAUACGAUGAUUAACUGUACAUCCUUUUUCGCUAAGUAACAGUGGGGAAAAAAAAUACUUUUUUUGCCACGUCUGGUAUCAGCAUAAUUUAUACUUAAUAAUACGGGAUUGGGUGGAUUUUCCCCCGAUUGGGGCACUACGCGGUGGGAAAAAUGCAUAAAUAAAGACUGUAAAGGGCUCCUUUAGAGGGAACAGGAGGAAUGAUGGAUCUGAGCUGAAGCUCCGAUGUUACAAGUUCCUUAAAAUGACCCUUAAAAGUGCGCACUUAAAUUACAUGUAACGUAAUUUUGCGCACCUGAAUUAAAGCGCAAUAUGCCUGUUUAUUAGAACGAAACUUAUAAACAGAAUGUUAUGGUACCGAGUCUUUUGACCCACACGCAGAACACAUUGAGGAGGUAGAGAUCAGAGUUUUUAACAAGUUUAUUAAAUAUAAAGCUCAAGACAUGUUGUGAGUCCUCUGGACGUCUGGUAACAGCGGGAGGUGGUAAUCGAAAAAAAA